GAAUUUUGAAAAUGUAACAAAGAUAUUAAGUUUCUUAGAGGAUGACGUUUUAUUAUAUUGUUGUAUACAAAUUGUUAACUAUAUAACAGCUAGUUUAACAUUAAAAAUUAUACCUAAAUCUCUCAUAUACAAUAUUGAGAUGUUGGGUUGGAUAAAAAUACAAUUAAAAAAACUUUCAAAAAAAUGUAAAACUCAAUCAUAUCAUUGCAACAAUGUUAUUAAUAGUAUAGACGAAAUAAAAUCAAUAUAUUAUUUAAAAAAAAAUCUCGAAAUUGAUGUAACAUUUGAAGAAUAUCAAAUUAAAAAAAACAAAUAUUACAAAAUUAUGUUAAAAAACUAUGUGAUGUAGAUAUGGAAAAAGAUAACAGUUUAUUUACUACUUAUAAAAAACUUAUUCAAGCUGCAGAUUUACUUAAAAUACAAAGAAUUUAUGCAAUAUCUAUAUUAAUUGAAUGGUCAAAAAAUGUAAAACUAUUAAAUUAUUUUAUUAGAUGUGAAAAAGGACAAUUAAAUAUAAUGACAAAUGAAUGCUAUUAUGCAUAUAAAAUGUGCUUAUUUAUAAUGCAGCAUAUUAAAAUAGAUGCAGAUAUUGCAGUUACAAUUCAGAAUUUAAUUUCUGCUGCAUUAUGUGUAUGUUUAGAUGAUGAAUUACAAUCUAUGUUAUUAUUGUAUAUAUGGAUAAAUUUAUGUUUUAAAUGUUGUAAUAUAAACUUUAUAAACAUAAACACAGUGGAUGUACAAUAUGAAGAAAUAACAAGAUCAAACUGGAAAUUGUAUACAAUAUAUAAAGAUUUAAAUAUUAAAACUGAUGAAUUUUUAUUACCAUUAUUUAGAAAUGUAAUUUCUAUAGAAAGAUUUUAUAUGAAUAUAUCAAAACCUGCAAUUAAUGAUGAUGUUCAAAAUUACAAAAAAAAUUGGUCAAAUAUAGAAGAACCCAUAAAGGAUUUGCUUAAUAAAAUUAUGGAACUAAAAAUGGAACAUAGCGAUUAUAUUUUAUUGCAAAUUAUUAAAACAUUAUAUUUCAAUUUUUGUGCUAUAUCAAACAUAAAUGAUAAUAUAUUAAUAGAAAUUAAAUUAGUAUAUUUUCAUUUUUUAAUAAUAUUAUUAAAAAAAGUAAUAAAUAAUCGAAUGUUUGAUCUUCAGCUUAGUCUAUCGUGUUUAUUUAUGUUAUCUGAUUCUGAAGCAUGUAAAUGGAUUUCUUCUACUUGUAAAUCAUUUCAAUCAGAUUAUACUCGACAUUUAAGAAUAACAAUGCUUGGAUAUGAAUAUUUUUAUUUAACAAAAAAUCAAACUUUGCAAACAUUUAAAAAUAAUAAAAUAUUAUAUUAUUGGGCACAAAAGUUAUCUAAAUAUUUAGUUUCAUAUAAAGAAAUCCUAACAAGUGACUCAGUAGCUAAAAGAGAAAUAUUACAACGUAUUAUGAGUUAUGAUGAAGAUCUGAUUCCUUUAUUUCAAGAAUUUUGUUUUGAUUUUGGUUUUGAUAUUCAAGAUUGUUUAUUACUUUAUCUACAAACAAUAAUAAAAACAUGGAAUCCAAAAUUAAAUAUAAGCAAUUAUAAUGGAAAAAAAGAAUUACAUAUUAAUGAAGAUGAUGUAAAUCAAUUAAAUACAAAAUGUAAUUCUAUUACUGCCUAUAUCUUGGAUAAAAUUGCCUUAAAAAAUUGGGUUACAACGAUUUUCUCACAAAUAAAUUUUUAUCAUUAUGAAAUAUUUAUAAUUCUUAUGGAUCUCAUAGAAGAUAAAAAUAUUGAACAUAGGAAUUAUUUAUGUUUUUUACAAAAUUAUAUUCGCACUGGUCCACCUACACAAAUAGAAUAUGAUGAAUGGAUGCAUUUAAAUCCAGGAUAUACAUCCUUACCAUUUAUAGCAGAAUGGCGAUUACCUUUUUUACCUAAAAUUGAAUUAUGGAAACUUAUAACUCCUGAAUUAAAUUUGAAAACUUAUGAAAAAUGGUUAGAUAUUGCUGCUAUUCUUAAAUUACAACCUCAUAUUAUAUGUACUUUAGCUAUAAAAGGUGAAGUAGCACAUACUUGGAAAAAUAAACACAAAACAGCUAAAUGGUCCCUUUCUUCAAAAAAUAAAAGUUUGUUAAAUCAUAUAAAAAAAUGUAUAGAAAGAAUGACUGGUCCAGAUGCACUGUAUUAUGGCACUGCAGCAUUAUAUUAUGUUGUAAAUCAUACACCACCAGGAGCUGAUCAAGUGGCAGCAGUUGAAGAAUGUUAUAAGUAUGCACAGUUAUCAGCUCAAAAAUCUAUGAUGUUUGAAGAAGGAAUGUUAGAAAAAAUAAAAGUUAAAUAUUUACGUUUUACAUCGGAACAUAUUUUACAUGUACAUGGCUUGGGUAAUAAAAAGUAUUUAUCAUUAAUCGGAAAUCCGAAUAAAUUAGUCCAUGAAUUAUAUACAGAUGAAAGUAUACCUCAAAGAUAUCGAUGUGUUAUUGAUCAUAGACCUGAUAUAAAUUCGGCAGUUAGUUCAAUUAGUCAAUUAUUUUCUAUUAAUCUGAUAAAAUUACGAAUAGAAUUAUUACAAGAAUGGUUACAACCAGAUAUUAAAUAUAUGAAAUUUAAUCAAAGUAUAACAGAAACAUUUCCGAUAAUAGCAAAUUCAGAAUCGAAUUUAAAUCGUGAUGAUAAGUUAUUAAGAGCAUGUUAUAUUUUAGAAUGUGGAGAUCUUGAAUUAUCAGCUAAUUUUCUUAUAAAUAUAGGUUUUAGUGAAAAAAAUGAAGAUUAUAGUCCAGAAGUUCGUUAUAGAGCUCUUUGUGUAUUGCAAUCUAUAGUUGAUACUGCUAAAUUAGAAGAUUUAAUUAAACGAGAUUACCAAACAAUUAAAAAUUAUAUGAGAUCUUUGAAAUACAUAAGUAAAUUGGAAUUGUUAGGAAUAGGAUAUAGUAUAAAUACAUUUGAAAUGUGUUCUAAACAUGAACUUGUAGAAAUUUUAUGGAAAACACAAAAUUAUUCGCCACAAGCACUGAUUAUUAUUGCACAACUUUGUAUAGAUUUUGAAAUAUACGAAUAUUCUCUCUGGGACAAAAAUUUAACAAAAAUGGCUAAAUUGUUAAUGAUUAAUGAAUUAAAAACAAUUUUAUUACAAGUACAAAAUAUAAAUACCAUUGUAAAUUCUAAUGGAUAUUUAUUUGGAUGGGAAGUAAUAAUUUCAGAACCUUUCAAAAAAAUGGAUAUGAAUCCAACUUCUGAACAAAUUGAAAAUUGUAUUGAAGUUUUACAACUUUUAUAUUCAUGUCCAGUUUUAUAUGCAUUAAAUUUCUCUAACAUCAUAAAAUAUUGUUUUCAAUGCCAACAAUUACAUUUAGUACUUGCAUUUUUGCCAUUUUUAAAUGAUGAUGAUACAAUAUUUGUUUUGGAAAAAAUUAAAUGCACAUCUAAUAUUACAAAAAUAUUAGAAAAUUUGAAUAACUUACAUUCAAGUGGAGUACUUUGUACAGCUUAUUGUAAUAAAAUUAUAGAAAAUACAUUAACAAACAUGAAUAAACAUUCAAUAAAAUAUGAAUAG